GUUAUCGAUAUAUUUUAAUGGGGAGGGGUUUGGGUGGUCAGGCUAUAAAAUCCCUCUAUGCAGAUACUCCAUAGCAGCUUCUUCACAGAAGCACAGUUUGUUCAGACAAAAUGAGAUUUUUAUGCGUUCUUUUUCUCACUGCCGUCCCUGCGGCGUUGGCAGCGAUUGCUACCAUGAAGUCAGUGGUAUUCCCCAGAGAGACAAAUACCGAUCGUGUUGAGUUGGCUCCUCUUCAACCUCUGAACUUGAGGGCGUUCACUCUGUGCAUGCGUGUUGCCACAGAGCUCACUGGCCAGCGUGAGGUCAUCCUCUUUGCUUAUCGGACUCAAUACUAUGAUGAGCUGAAUUUGUGGCGUGAAGCUGGCGGCAGAUUGUCCUUGUACCUGAGUUCAUCAGAAGUUGUUGCCUUCAACGUCCCUCAGCUUGGUGCCCUGGAGACCCACCUGUGUGUCACCUGGGACUCCAGUACAGGUGCUACUGCCCUCUUCAUGGAUGGAAGGAAAAGCCUGACUAAAAUCUACAGGCAGGGUCACUCAGUGCGUUCUGGAGGCAAGGUCGUCAUUGGACAAGAUUUUGACAGUUAUGAGGGUGAUUUUGAUGCCAGCCAGAGUUUUGUUGGUGAGAUGAGUGAUGUCAAUUUGUGGGACUCUGUCCUCUCAGAGAGCACCAUCCAAGACUUGUCCUCUGGGAAGGCAACAUCAGUAGGAAACGUUUUAGACUGGGGAAAAGAGUUUAAAGCCAGUGUAGGAGUAGUGAUUUUAAAUCGUGAACUGUAGCUGUAAUGGUCACAUAUGACAUGCUGGAAUAAUGUAGGCAGUGUCAUAAUGUAAAAUAAAGCCAUAUAGUCAAUGUAGCCAGCUUAAACCUGUAUAACAGUGAUUAUCAACUGGCGGCCCGUGGGCCAAAUCCGGCUCGCCGAACCAUCCAAUCCGGCCCGCGACUGGAUUCCAUAAUUAUGAGGAUCAAAGAGAAAAUAUCAUGUGGUCCAUACUAUUAAAGCAACUGAAAACAGCAACAACUGAGACUCUUAACUAUCAGUAAUCCCCACCAUUUAUGACUCUAUACAUUCUGAAAUGAGGACAGACACAAAAGGAGGAAAAAACAACUGGCAUAACUUAAAAUAGCAUGGUAUACCUGGUACCAGAACAAAACAGGUCACAAAUAAUGUUGUGCCCUUACACAGGGAAAGUAGUGAGGGAAGAGGGAUGAAUAAACACACACUCUGAUCUUGCCUUCACUUGUCUGUACUGAGUGAGGAAGAGUAGCGCGAUUCCCCCUACUGGAGCCCUGAGGCAUUACCAAUAGAUCGACGCAUAAUCAACCCAGACAAAGAACACACAUUACCUAUUUGUAUUAUUUACACUCUGGCUGCAUAUUCUCCACAGUAAUAACCUUAGCAGUUUAGUUGAAAUAACAAUGAAAUGAUGUGUUAAGAAGUGGAACACAAGGCAUAACGCUGAAAAGGAAUAAAAUUAUGUUUCUGGAAAAUCAAAUUAUUUUUAAAUUCUUAACUACCACAUUCGCACAUCAAAUAAAAAGUCAAGGCAAAAUAUCUCUAUCACUCCUGGUGGUUGACUGUGGUAUAGGUGAUAGGAGCCUGACUCAUAAAGGCUAAAAAAUACCUUCAAUUUGUAAUGAAAUGGAAAAAAAUAUAAACAAUAAACAUCAAAUAAUAAUGUUAUGCCAAAAUUUGAUUUUUAUUUGAGGGUCCGGCCCCCAAGGUGACUGUCCGGUAAAAUUUUGGCCCUCUGACAAAUAUAGUUGGUGACCCCUGCUGUAUAACAUAUAAGCAGAAGAUGUUUUUAUGGUUAAAGUCUGUGCACUAAUGUCAGUGUCAUUCAUGAGCAUUUCUUACCACAAAUGUGGCUUCUCACUGUAAUUGUUUUCAAUCCAAUAAAAACCUUUGAUGAUAA